GUUGCGAACACACCUAUAUACCAACUCUCACCACCACUACCACCACCACCACCACCACCACCACUACCACCACCACUACUACUACCACCACUACCACUACUACUACUACUACUACCACUACCACUACUACUACCACCACCACGACAAUUUGAGAGAAGAGACCAGCAACAGGUGUGGUUUGCUGUCCUCUCUCUCUUUCAACAGGUAGAGAGAGAGAGAGAGAGAGAGAGAGAGAGAGAGAGAGAGAGAGAGAGAGAGAGAGAGAGAGAGAGAGAGAGAGAGAGAGAGAGAGAGAGAGAGAGAGAGAGAGAGAGAGAGAGAGAGAGAGAGAGAUUGCAGAGGAAAUAUUAACUACAAAGCGAAUUAGAAAGGGAAAGGGAAAAGAGAGAGAGAGAGAGAGAGAGAGAGAGAGAGAGAGAGAGAGAGAGAGAGAGAGAGAGAGAAAAGGUUGUGGUGGUGGUGGUAACAGGUGUUCUUCCGUCCAUUUCCCUCCUUUUCUUCCCUCCUCCUCCUCCUCCUCCUCCUCCUCCUCCUCCUACACCCUACCCCCUCCCCUCCUCCCCCCCCCUUCUCACGGCACAAUAGGGGGCAAAGGGAAGAAGGGCGACAAGAAAACGAUGGAGGAUGAAUUGGAUACGUUCAGCAUGCAGGUGCCGCGAUACAGGCCGGAGGAGCUGGACAAACUGGCCAAGACCACCCGAUUCACGCGGCGGGAGAUUCAGCUCAUGUACCGGGGCUUCAAACAGGAGUGUCCAACCGGUCUAGUGGACGAAGAUGGAUUUAAAGAUAUUUUUGCCCAAUUCUUUCCACAAGGCGACGCGACGCAGUAUGCCCACUACGUGUUCAAGACGAUCAAGAAGGACAAGGAGGUUCAAAUCACAUUCCAGGACUUUCUAGCGGCCCUGUCCACCGUCUCCCGCGGCACCACGCAAGAGAAGCUGCAGUGGAUCUUCGGCCUGUACGAUGUGAACAAUGACGGUCUGAUCACCAAGUCCGAGAUGGUGGAUGUGGUCACGGCGAUUUACGAGAUGCUGGGCCGCUCCACACAGCCACUGGUGGAGGAUACGUCAGCCAAGGACCAUGUGGAGAGGAUAUUUCAUCUGAUCGACACCAACAACGACGGCGCCAUCACAAUCGAGGAGCUGGCGGAAUGGAUAUCGCGGGACGAGAAGAUUGUCGAGUCCCUUAAACGAAUGGAUACCGUCCUCUACACACCGCAAGAAGCCUCCGGCGCCGCCCGCGCAUCCCUCAGCCGCCCAUGAGCCGCGCCAAGCCCGCCCACGCCCGCCGACCAAGAAGAAAUGAAGGAAAAUGGGAAGGAUACCUGAUCUUGGGUGAUAUCUUCCUCGGGCGCGCGGCCAUGAUAGUCAUCCAUAGAAAACUGGGCAUUUAUAGAGAGUGGGUUUUAAGUGACGAAUUUAAGUCUUCUCGUAGUUGUGUUUGUUGUUAUUUUUGUUGUUUAUAUUAUCCAGCCAUCCAUAGAAAACGGGAUAACUAUAGAGAGUAGGUUCCCAAGUGACGAAUUUUGAGUCUUCUCAUAGUUGUGUUUGUUGUUUGUAUUAUCCAGCCAUCCAUAGAAAACGGGAUAACUUUAAAGAGUGGGUUCCCAAGUGACAAAUAAUUUAAGUCAUCUACAAGUUUGGUUUAUUGUUAUAUUUGUUGUUUGUAUGAAGCAGUCAACCACAGAAAACGGAAUAUUUAUAGAAAGUGGGUACCCAAGUGACGAAUUUUGAGUCUUCUAAUAAUUGUUUGUUGUUAUUUUUGUUGUUUGUAUUAUGCAGUGGAUUCGAAUUAAGUAGGUUGUAAAUGGUAAAGAUGGUUCAUAGAGAUGAUGAGUGGUUUGGGGGUGACGAUAUUAAAUUGUAACGAAUCACAGAAAAAAAAAACUUAUUUCAGUGUUGACGAAAUUAAAAUAUUAAGUCCUCAUAGAAAACGGCUUAGAGAUAAUAAGUGUUUUACGGAUGACGAAUAUAAAAAUAUGUAGCGCAUCAUAGAAAAUGGUUAAGAUAAUUCUAAGGGUGACAAAAUUAUAAAUGUAUUGUAUCAUAGAAAACGGCUUAGAGAAUUUUUUAAAGGGUGACAAAUUUAAAAUCUUAGUCUCCA